AGUUCGCUUGGUCUGCGAGCACGCGGCGCGGUUACGCAAACACCCGUAUUAUGUGACAUGUCCCGCACACAUUAAUAAGAUAAAACAGUGACACAAAUUUAAAAAAAGAAUACAUUUAUAAGUUACAGUCGUGCUCAUUUUUUAAUCUGUAUUUUGAAAUUUCCCGCCAAUUUGUAAAAUUUUAUUGAGUGGUUUAUGUGUAAUUUCAUUGUUUUGGUUUGGUUUUAAUUUUAAAAAUGUGUAGAACGUGCUUUGUCUAUGUGUACAGUGAUGUGCGAAUUUCGUGAACUAUUGCACACCGAGACAUCAUCUGUGGAAAAGGUGGUGUGCGACGCGAGAGCAGCGAGGCGGCGGGGUGCGCGUGCGGCGGCCGCGCCCCGCCCGCGCACCCCGCACACCCCGCGCCGCCAGCAUUGCACCCCCUCAGGGCUCUGGAUGAAAUGCCGCCGCCACUACUUAGGUCGAACCCUCUAUACACGGAGGAGGAGGAACAGGAGGUGGUGAUCAUCGUGGAUUCGCUAGAGGAGGUGCCCGAGGUGGAACCCGAGCGGACGCCGCGCCGCGCGCCCUCCACCUCGUCAGGUCAGUUAGGCUACGGCAGCGGCGGCGGCAGUCACGGUCGCGUCUCGCCUUUACCAAAGAACUUCGCGGAGCCCGCCCGGCGGCUCUCAGGCAGCGACAAGCUCGAUGGAUCUCACACCACCUCCGACUCGGACAGCCCUGUGUGCACGCUCUCCAGGAGUCUCAAGGAGGAUAUACGCUCAUGCUUGGGAGGCUGCAGAUGGGAGAAAGAUGUAGGCGACGUGGUGGAGGCAGCAGUGCGCGGCGCCGGCGGCAUCACAGCUGCGCGUGCGCGCCUGCACGCGGCCCUGCUCGCGCUGCACGACCCCCCGCCGCGGGUGCCCAACCGCGGGCCCUCGCUGCCUUACUGUGGCCCUGGGGUCAGACCUGGUGACGUCACAAUGAUGCCGAAGAACACCGAGAUGUCUUUACUGGCUGCCAGUGCCCUGUUCACACUGGACGGCGCGCGAGGAGAGGCACUCUCCCGGCGAUUGGCGCGAGGCGAGCGCCGGCGCAGACGAUGCAGGGCGGUCCUCGCGGUACUCGCCCUCCUACUACUCCUGGCUUCUGUGGGGGCAGUGGAACUCCUCAUGUCCAGAGGGCAGAGGGUAUUCGGUACAGUUUUACGAUAAUAAAGCUCAUUGUAGGCGUGUGGCGUAUUUGGUAUGCUAUUGAUAUAUGCAAUUGACGACUUUAUUGUAAGUUCGUGAAGGGAGUUGACAUUAGUAGCGCAGGGUGCAAUUUUCCGUUAAAGAACCCCACACAACAUAUAGGUACUAUAUGCAUAAUACGGUCUGCAAAUCGUUCUAAUAAUUAGAUUUACAUAAAUUACGAAAGGAAAGCCGGCAAGAAUCGGGAUAUGUACCCUCUGCCACUAGUUGACAGUGAGAAAGCUAAGGCAUUAAUCACUGAACUCAUAGCGGACCAAUUAAGGUCCCCAACAUGUGACGUACUUAAUUGUCGCAGAAUCUCAUUUUAAUUUCGCGAUCAAAGGAGUUUUUGAAUCUAGAAAUGCUUCAAAAGUCUAGUUAUUAGACUAUACACGAACAAAGCACUAUCCAAUACAAAAAGAAUUUUUCAGUUUGGACCAGUAGUUCCUGAGAUUAGCCAUUACUGCUCUGCUCCUAUUGGGUAUAGCGUGAUGAUAUAUAGCCUAUAGCAUUCCACGAACAAAGGACUAUCGUCAACAUAUUAUGACGUAAUUGUCGAAGCAUCUCAUUUUAAUUUCGCGAUCUAAGGAGUUUUUUAAUCUAGAAAUGCUUCAAAAGUCUAGUUAUUAGACUAAAAUUACUGAUGGAUUUGAAAGAUAUGAUUUUUUGUUCUUGUUUCCUUAGAACUUUAAUUGCGUAGCGAUUAAUAAUUUGAAUGAGUAAUUGGCUGUAAUUUUUUAAAUAAUUGUAGAUAGAGUUUGAUAGUUUUAGAGAUAGUCUCAGCAAAUUUUGUAUCGAAUUUAUUAUUGUAAUUAGAAAUUAUUUUCUUCGUUGCAUGAUGUAGUAAUAAAUCUUAAUAUAGAAAAUAUAUUCUUGAAUUGAAGACAAUUUUCUGGUAUAGUUCAACAAAUGGAUGGAAAUUGUUUUUUGUACGAAAAACGUGAUACUGCCAUAACGAACAAAACGUACAGAAAAAUAGUUUUAAGUUUUUUUUAUCUUAUCGCUCGAAGAUAUAACCUACAUAAUGAUCUAAGGUCAAAAACAGCACGUAAAACAUUUUUAUACACUGACUGUUUUAUAAUUUAAUUAGAUUGCGGAUAUCCGAGUAAUUCAGAAAGAUACGUCAAACGUAAAAACAAAGAAACAUUAAAAAAUCUCAACAUUAAGAACAAAAGAACUCAUUAAUUAUCUAUUAUAGUUAAUUUACUUAGAAUUCGAGCGAUCCGAUAAAAUUUUGCGAAUAUAUUAGGCACAAUUACGAAUGCUUUUUAUAGAAGGUUAGAUAUACACUAUCAGAUUUAGAAAGAAAACAGAAUAAUUACUUGAAUUUUUCAUCGAAAAUAUCUCAUUAUUUUUCUAUUUUAGAACAUUCAUGCGUCAUAUCAUUUUGUUGUGUAUAUUUCAAAUAUAAUUUAGAUUUAAGUUUAUUUUUGAUAACUGUAUGACUUGGAUUCCAUUGUCGAAAUUAUAUGUAGGUUUGUAGCCAGUAAAUAUGACUAGUUUAACAAUAUUACAGUGUAAAUAUAGUUUAACAACUUAAAAAAUAUUACUCUAGACUAGAUCAGCCAUGCACAACAUGAGUUUUUCUAUGCGACCCGCUGAGGUUUUCCAUGCGGCGUGCCGAGCGUUUCCAUGCGGCCCACUGAGAUUUUUCAUGCUAGAUUUUUCACCCGUCCAGCUUUUCCACGCGGCCUACCAAGCUCUUGCAACUUUAAAAAUGUCAGUAAAAUUAAGGAAACUUUUCCAAAGAUGAUUUGAGCUGUAUGCUAAACUAAUAAAAAACAAUACUUUAGUUUGUGAAUUUAUUUUAUUAAUUAAUGAAACAUAAAAUUUGAAUUACGUUUAAAGACACGUACGGUCAAUAUAUUGAAGUUAUUGGACGAAGCACCAUAACUAAGACGUCUUUGUGGACCGGAUAAAAAACGGUUGAGCAUCGUUGUUCUAGAGUCAAUGAGAACAAUAUUAUUAUUGUUUAUUUUCACGCAAUUACACCUAGAUUUCUUCAUACUGCUUUUUAUUUAAUUUCAUAUGAAUUCAAUGAUUUAGUAUAUUUUUGAACAAUUAAACCAAAAUGUGUUUUAUUAUUCUUCUUAUUCUUCUGAAGUUGUAUCAUUUUCUAAAUACUUAUUUUUGAGAUCAAAAUUAUGAAACACAAAACAGUUCAUUGAACUGAUACUCUCCAAACUAAGUUAUAAUUAUUAUUAAAAUCAAUAAUACUUGUUAGCAUAAAUAUGUGAUAUGUAUGUAUAAUUUAGAUUGUAUUUGUAUACUAUCAAGGAAUUUGAUAAUGGGAUUCAUUGUAUAUUCCCUAAUUUUUAUUAGUGUAUAUUUUUUCGAAAUUAUUAAUUCCUUAGCAUAAAACACAAUAUUUCAUUUUAUGUUUGAAUUUUCGAAUUUAUCUUAUGUACACUCAGCCACAAAACUAUUUGAACAAAUUCAAAAUUUCGAAUGGCGCCUUUAAACUUUUCUCGUUUUUUUUUUCCAAAAAAAAAAAAUUUACUUGCCGAGAAAAAAAAAUAUUUCACUUGAAGUUACUGUGUAGAAACGUUUUGAAGUUUGAGUUAGUUCAGUUACUUUUGCGGCUGACUGUAUUUUGUGGCAUCAGAGCAGGGAUGUUAUGGAGCUCCGUAACCGUAACCGAAACUAUCGGAUAUCCGAAAUAAAAAUAUAUCCGUAACCGUAACCGUAUCCGUUAUAAAAGUUUCGGAUAAGUUACGGAUAAUAUGUUCCGACAGGUUUUUGUUUCACCGCUCACGCACUACGUGAAUUUUGUAUAGUUUGUUUGUUAUUUCUAAUCAUAACAUAACCUCAUUCAUAAAUAGUAUUUUUUUUUAUUUAGUAUAGUCAAGGAAGUUUUGUGUUAUGUACAAAAUUCAUUUAUAAGGACAAAAUGCG